AUCGAGGAUGUGGAUUAGCGUAGUAUCUAGGCUCAUUCGAUAAUGGCUUGAAAGCUUCUCAUUCACUACGCCUGUGGAGCCAUACAUCAUUGGGUAAGGUUCGCUAGUCAGAACGCUUUACUCCUGCAUCGUGGACACUUGGAAAGCCAGGAUGUCUGUUUUCCGACGACUUCCGCCAACGACUCUUCACCGACGAGGGUCACUGAAUCACAAUGACAGCCUCUCACUCGCCUAUGUCCUUCGUCAAGUCAGUGGAACCCGCUUCAGGCCGCAUUCUACGUCCACACUCGACGAGCCCGUCAAGGGUCUUGGUGGCAACUUUCGGGUCUCAACUGUCUUCACAGCCCUACUCAUAUUUGGGACGGGAGCAACGGCCCUCGGUCUCUACCAGUUCUACAAGUCGUUUACACUGUGGCCAAAGGAACUACGUGAUGACCUACGUGCCGGAAUCAAGGCCAGGAACCAAGGUGAUAUCAGUUUGAGUGAACGGUACCUCACACGCGCGUACCAGACAGCUCUUUCUAUGCCACCCUCGACGCUAUCACCAACUCCGUACCUCAAAUUGUCAGGUAUAGCGGCCGUACUGGCGGAAGUCAGCCCUAAACGGAAGGCCAGAGAGGUGUUGGAGGACGUCUGGAACAAGGGCGGCGCAUCGGCAGACGACUGGGCCUCAUACACUCCUACCGAUGAGGAACGCAUACGCAGGGUUGCCAUCGCUUGCAAAAUUGCUGAGCUGUCCUCGCAUGAGCGAAAUGAAGAUGAGAAGUGGUUGGUGUGGGCAGUCGAAGAGGUGCUCAAGCUUGCCGGAGCUGGGAUGCAAAAUAGAUCCGUAGACGGCGGCGGCGGUUCGACAGACACGCAGCAAUUACAGCCAGCGCAAGUCGUCUUUGCUGAGCUCAAACUGCCUCCGUGGAUGAGCAAGGACGAUCUAGGUGCUCCGCUGGCUGCUCUUGGAAACGUAUAUGCGAGGAAGGGACAGAUAGAGUAUGCCAUGCCGCUGUACUUGCAAGCCAUCUCGCUCCUCCUGCCUCCCGGAAGGCAGAAUGUGAGCAUUCAAGAUCGUUGUGAGGCCGCACAACUCAUGAACAACCUAUCCGAGCUCAUAAUGCGUCGGCCGCCCACUCCAGAAAUCCGGCAUCAAGCUGAAGCGUGGGCCCGCAAGGCUUUGGAUGUCAUCGAGGGCGCCGGGAAAGUGCCGCUGCCUAAGAGUGGCUGGCUCGGCCACUCCGAGGAUACCAGUGUGCGCAACACGUGUGACCAGGUCUUGGGUGUGGUUUUGUUCAAUAUUGGGAUACUCCGUGAGAUGGAUUCGGACAAGAAAGUUGCGCGCGCACUCUUCGAGAAGAGUGCUCAGCAAUGCGCCAGAGUGGGUAUGAACGAAGGUGUACUGCAGGCUAAAGAAGCGUUGAGGAGGGUCGGACGUACUCAGGACGAGAAGACGUCGUAAUCGCUGCGGAUGC